AUGGGCACAGCCGAGAACUACGAAGACGUCCUCAAGGGCAAAUACCCUGCAAAGGCACACGCGAAGAAGGUUGCAGAUUGGAUCGUUGCAAGAGGGGGCGACAAAGCAGGAACCAUCUACCUGGAGGCUCAGAAGCAGCGCUUACUUGAGGAUAACGAUGCACCUGUGCCAUUUCGACAACGACGGUUCUUCUAUUAUCUGAGCGGCUGCAAUCUGGCAGAUUCAUAUCUCACCUACGAUAUCGGCGACGACAAGCUCGCUCUGUUCAUCCCUCCUAUCGAGCCCGAUGAGGUGAUCUGGUCUGGUUUACCUAUGACCGUCGAAGAAGCGAAGGAAAAGUAUGAUGUCGAUGAAGUCAAGACUACGGCAGAUGUCAACUCGCACUUGGCUUCUACGUCAACGAGCGCACAGUCCACCAUCUUUGCCAUCCCGGGACAGGUCUCGGAUGAUAUCACCUUCCUAUCGUACAAGGAGAAGGACUUCGACCUCCUCAAGGUCGCCAUAGAAACAUGCCGUGUCACCAAAUCCGACUACGAGGUCGCGCUCCUCCGCAAAGCGAAUGAGGUCUCGACGGGUGGCCAUGUGGACGUCAUGAGAGCAGCCUCAAAAGCAAAGAACGAAACACAGCUGGAAGCCGUCUUCGUCAAGUCUCAUCUCGAGCAGAACGCAAAGAAUCCAGCUUACCACCCCAUCGUCGCGGCGGGUGAGAACGGUGCUACCCUACACUACACUUCCAACGAUGCACUCAUUACGAACCAGAAUCUGCUGCUCUUGGACGCUGGAGCUGAAUGGAACAACUACUGUGCAGACAUCACCCGCACGUUUCCGCUCAAAGGCGAAUUUACUGAAGAGUCGCUAGGCAUCUACAAGAUCGUGCUAGAGAUGCAAAAGCAGACCGUCGCCGUCCUCAAAGAAAGCGUGCUCUGGGACGGCGUGCACGAAUUAGCCCAUAAAGUGCUGAUUGACGGUUUGCUAAAGCUCGGCAUUCUCAAAGGCUCCGCAGAUGAGAUUUUUCAGGCGAGGACGAGCGUGGCUUUCAUGCCUCAUGGCCUGGGACAUUACUUAGGUAUGGACGUACAUGAUACGGGAGGAAACGCCAACUACAAGGACACGGACCCCAUGUUCAAGUAUUUAAGAGUAAGGGGCAAGCUGCCGGCGAAGAGUGUCAUCACAGUGGAACCGGGGUGCUACUUCUGCCGGUUCAUCAUUGAACCGUUUCUGGAGAAUGCGGAACAGGCGAAAUUUAUUGACAAGGUGGUGUUGGACAGGUACUGGAGCGUGGGUGGAGUAAGAAUCGAAGAUAACGUUCUGAUCACAGAGUCGGGGCACGAGAACCUCACGCCGGCGCCCAAGGAGAUUGACGACAUGCUUAAUAUUAUCAAGAGCGGUCCAGAUUGCUGA